AUGGACGAAGCUUCAUAUUGUAAUGUCAGUAAUGAUGUUGAUCCAGAUCGAAUAAAUUUAGAUUUAGAUCUAGAUCUAGAUCUAAUUGAUAAGUGUCAAAUUACUUUAAGCAGACAGAUUAAAGAAGACACAGAACUCCUAAAGCAGUUAACUUUCAUAGGAUUCAAAAUUGUUGAUUUUGGUCCAAUUGUUAUUGAAUGUGAUUCAUUUCCAGCUGAAAAUAAAGUAUCAAAGCUUUAUGAUGUUCUUAGCACAAGGUAUAACAUCCAACAAAAAAAUACAUUUGAUAAUCUAACUCUCUCAGUGGAAAAGGGUGAUUUAUCAUCAAGACAAUGCUAUGACAAUGAAGCACCAACAGGUUCACCUACUCCUGAUACUCAUUUGGAGCCAGAUUCUGAUGAAUCUGAAAGCCUGGAAGAUGAGAAUGGAGCCAAUCAUAGCUCAUUGCAUGCAAAGGUAGAAAACCAGGCAUCUGCAAUGCUAAAUCCAUUAUCAGUAAUCAGAAAAGAAAACAAAGAAAACACAGCUACUGAGGAAAGUAAGACAAAGUUAGCCAAGACAAAAAAAUUAAACCCAAGGGCCUCUGAAAAUUGUGAUCCAAAUGAUAGCAAAACCGCAAAACUAAAAAGCCCUGAAAGUAAUACUUUAUAUCAAUAUGAUGGAAAAGAGAAGACCGAUUCAAUUUAUUUUAAUCAACCAGCCAAAUUUGCAAGUGAAAAAUGUGUACAGAAACAAAUAGAAAAUGCAAUGGAGGAUGAAGAUCUUUUAGGUACACAAGAAGAUGAAAUGAUCUCUUAUGGAUGGGAUUUUGAAAAAGUAUCAAGUGCUGAUGUAUAUAUUCCAAGAAAUAAAACACCACCUGAGGACUCAAUCAGUAAAACAUCUUCUUUGGGCGACGAUUCUGAUGAUGAUGAUAAAGAAGAACUCUUACGCACUUCAAAUCAAGAGAAUAAAAAAUUAUUACAAGGAACUAGUGACAAAAAAGCUGACAAAACCAACUUCAUUGCUACAGAUGAUACUGGUUUUAAAAAUUCUGAGACUAAUUCUUCUGAAGAUGCUGAUCCUAAAAAUGAAGUUGAAAGUAUGUCCUCACAACAGUCACAUAGAGUUCAAGAUGAAAAAAAUUCUGACAACGACACUGGCACAGAUGAAGAAGAAACAACACUUUUUCCCAUUAAAAAAGAUAUCUUUGAUGCUGUAGAACAUUACUAUAAAGAUACACCAUACAUGUCCUUAUUAAACAUCACUGAAGAUACAGAUACUAGUUAUGAAUUAAAAAUUGUAUCCAACAAUGAUGACGCUAAAGAUUUUCUGCUAAAAAUUAAAGAUUUUAAAAAGGUUGAAGUAGACAUUGAAGAAAAUAUAGAAAAGGUUUUAAGUUACCUACAAAAUAAUUACCCAAAUAUAAAAACGUGGCAAAAAAGCAAAACAUUAUUAGUUAUUAUGGGUCCAAGUGCUGAAGUUCGUGCUGCUCAAAAAACAAUUUUGUCUUCAAUUGAAAACAAAGAUCAUGAAGCAUUCAGCUCUCGUACAAUUGAUGAAGAUCAUUUCUCUAAGGAACAUAUGAAAGAAACUGGCCAAAUUAAAGAUAGCAUUGAUGCUCAUCAUGCAAAACACAGAAAUACUUCCACUUUAAAUGCAACUAACCAUCCUGAAAAAGCUGAGGUAAUAUUGAAUGUAAAUUCACAACAAGGCAGAGAAGGAUUAAAAGAUAGAAGCAUAAAACAGCCUGAGAAACUUUAUGAUGACCAACACAAACAACAAGCCACAAAGCAAGCCUACAAGGGAACAUCGCCAGAUGAAAAGAGAGAACAAAGACAAUCAGAUGAGUCUAAUGCUCAUGAAGCUGUUUAUGUUGGGAGCUCUGGAAUAAAAGUCUAUGUAUACGCAGCCAAUAUUACAGAAAUUCAAGUAGACUGUAUAGUCAAUGCAGCUAAUUCACACUUAAAACAUAGAAUUGGUGUAUCCGGUGCUAUUGCUAAAGCAGCAGGCCCAGCCUUAGUUCAAGAAUGUGAACAGUUUAUAAAAAAUGGAAAUUUUGUUGCAGUUACAGAUAUUUUUGUGUCUGGAGGUGGUGACUUAUAUGCUAAGAAAGUCAUACAUGCUGUAGGUCCCUGCUGGGAUGAUUAUGACAGCGAUCAAAAGCAAAAGUGUCUUGAGGAUUUAAAGAAAGUAGUUCUAAGAUGUCUUGUAGAAGCAUCAUGGAUGAAAAUGACAUCAAUAGCUCUACCUUCAAUUAGUUCAGCAAUUUACAAAGUUCCAAAACAAGAGUGUGCAGAAAGUUAUAUGAAUGCUGUAAAAAGCUUUGACGCCCUUGUUAAAAAAAUGAAUUUGUCUAGUUUGCAAGAUAUUCAUUUUGUUGAUAUAAAUAAUGAAAUGGUUUCAACUGUUGCUGGCUGUGUCUUAGAAAACAAAAAUCAGGUCCUGACAUCUGAAGCUUUAAUUGAAGAUUUAGCAUUUGUUCAGAAACAUCUGGACAGAAGUAGAGAAUUGAAUAUUGGAAAAGAAGCAUCUAUUUUUCCAUCAAACUACUACAACAACUAUAAUAUAGGAUUUUCCAGAAAAGUAGUAGAGCACAAAGAUUAUUAUUUUGGAAAAACUAAACUCAGAAUCAGCACUCAGCAUGCAAUGGACUUUAACACAGACCUGAUCAUUACAGUUGGAGAACCAUUUGAUAAACUCAGUGGGAAAUCUAGCUUCAGAACCAGAAAAAGUAAAAUUAAUUCAGAGAGUCAAGAAUUUGAAUUUUUUACUUAUGUGUAUGAAGAUAAACCUCCACGCUUCCUCUGUGUGCUUGGUGUAAAUUUUGCACGUGAUGAUGAGAUUGUAGCAGCUCUCAAGAACCUGAACUCUGCCAUUUCCUGCUAUCCAAACCUGGUUCAGUCUCUGGUUGUUACAAGCAAAUUUCUCUAUCCAGAAAAAAUUUUAUUUUCAAGCAAGCAGCCAGAUUCAAAUUUAGUGACAAUAAUAUCCCAACUUGUGUAUGACUAUGUCAAAAAUGCUCCAAGAGAUGCUGUUAUGAAGACUGUAUUAAUUUCAACAAGUGAUGAAGCCUUUUCUUCUAUUAUUCAAGUCAUUGAUACAUUAGAGAGCAGUGGACAAGCAGGAUUAGGAGGCUCCUCAGUUGAUGACAUUUGCAGCCAUUGUAAAAGAUCUGUAAGAGACUUGGAAUUAUUGCAGUGCUGUAAAAAAAUAUACUGCUUAGAAUGUAGAGCAGAACAUAAGAAUUGUUCUCUUAGCCAUAAGGCAUUUUUCAGAAUUUAUACUGGAAACCAGCCAGAUGGAGAUAUGAUUGUGACAGAAAGAAGUGAUCUACCAAUUCCUGGAUACACAACAUGUGGUGUUUUCCUUAUUGAAUAUGUUUUUCCUAAUGGUGUUCAAAAUCAAUUGCAUCCUGACCCAGGGAAACCAUAUUUUGGAUGCUACGUUGUGGCUUAUCUUCCAACAACACAAGAGGGCUAUAAUGUCCUUCAGUUACUGAGAGUUGCCUUUCUUCGGCGUCUAACAUUUACUAUUGGAUUCUAUGGUAGAGAUUAUCAUGUCAAAUGGAGUGGCAUUAAUCUUUAUCUUUAUGACAACAAAACUGAUUUGAUAGAUUCAAAUUACCUGCCGAAUGUGACAGCUGAGUUGAGAAGUAAAGGUGUUACCAUGGAUAACCUGACACAAGAGGAAUUAGCUGACCUGGAAAGACUUAGGCAGUACUUGCACAGUAAAAAACGUAUUUAACAAAAAUAGUUGGGUUAUUCUCCAGGUGUUUCUUUAUUUUCUUAAUCUUAGUGUUUCUGUAAUCAAUCUUUAAAGGUAUUAUUAAGAGUUAUAUCCUAAGUUAUAUGUGUAAACACUAUAUAUUAUUGAAUAAAUAUUACCACAAAAAAAAAACCAGAAUAAAUGUAGUAUCUCAGAAAAUUGAGCAGAAUUUAGAUUUUAGAUUCCAAGUUGUAAAGAUAACAUCCUGUUUCUUAGGUCCAUCAGCUAUUUGGAGAGAUUUAAAAUUCAUAAUUUAAAAAAUAUUAUUUUAGUUUAAAUAUAAUAUCUUAGAAAAACACACCAGAAAAAAUUAAAACCUGUAACUGGAUAUUAAUUUUGAUUAAUUUUGAGAUGCAUGCAUUGUUUGUAAAAAUAAUUUUGUUUUCACAUUUUGUAAUGUGGGGAAAUAUUGUUUUUAUUAGUCUAUAAAUGUAUUUACUAAUUAAGUUAAUCUAGAAUUUUCUUUUAACUUUAAUUAAAAGUUGUAAUUAGCCAGUUUGAAAAUAUAAUUGUUUAUUGUAGUUUCAAAUGUGCAAAUACUAACCUUCAAUUUUUUUUAAUGACUUAAUAUUUUAUGAAAAAUAUUUUUUUUUUACGUUAUGUGAUUUUAGAAAACAUUUUUUUUUCUUAAACUCAUGAAGUUCAUGAAGUUGAAACUUAGAAAAAAAAACAUGACAGAAUUAACUUACAACUAUUAUAGGCAUACUGUUUUAAAGUUUAAAGUAUUUCUCACAUUACACAAACUCUUCUGCCAACUUUAUUUUUGCUGAUUAAAAAAUAAAAAUAAAGGUAAUUUUUUUUUCAUUUUUGAAAACAGGUCUACUAUAAAUGCUUGGUGAAAUUAUUUUUUCUUUUCAAGAUUAUUACAGUCAGUAUAAAAAAAAUGCACUUUAAAAAAGAAGUGAAUGUUAAGUGUUAAAAAGAACAUUUAUAAAAACUAUUAAAAUCAGUUUUUUUAUUUAUAUUUUUUGAGUUAUUUUAUUCUUGAUUCAAACUAAUUUGUUAUAUACAAUUGAAUUAUUUUAAUUUUCUUCCCUGAGAAUCAACAUUGGACUGUUCAUGUAUGCUUAAAAGCACCAUUCUAGUCAUAGUUUUUUAUAGGUUGCUAGGGUUUGCCAUUGUUAAACUAAGUGUAAAAUAUUUUCCAGUUCUCCUUGUUUUUUUAAAUUCAUUAGAGGCAAUAUCAUUGAUGUUACUGAUGGUUCUUUAAAAUGCUAUAAAGUAAAAAUUGAACUGGUUUAUUUGAAAUAAAAUUCUUUCUGAACAAAAUUAAUGGAAUAAAAAUUUCUUUUAUGAACA